GACAGGUCAUCGUUUUCUCAAACAUUCGACGCAGGAAAACUCCUGAAGUUUUUCAGGAAAAUAAAGGACUAUGGCGUCCCCUGAGAUGUACGACACUGCUCUCCUGGGCAUCCUACAACAUCAGGGGAAGAUAGAGAACUUCUUGGACGUGAUGUUUGGCUUUUUGUACCGAAGAACGGACUUUUUCCGGACGAUGCGCUCCAAGGAGGAUCGGAUGGGUUUCCCGCCAGGGGUCCAGGAGAAGAUGCUGUAUUCGAUCUUCAAAAAGUGGCAGCACUACGCCACCCAGGAUGAGGAGAGGAUGAUGAAGAAGCUACAGGAGAAGGCAGAGAAGGAACGCCAGGCAGCUGCUGCAGCAUCAGCAGUUGUGGAAGAAGUGGAGGUGGAGACAACACAAACACCAGAAAACAUGGAAAAAGAGACGGACAAGCCAUCAUCACCAGAAAAGACUCAAACAGUUGCAACCAGCAAAGUAGAUACUGCUCCUGCAAGUGAGGCGAAAAGUGAUGGACAGAAAGAUGAAGAAAGGAAAGAAAGGACAGAUGGAGAAACUGUAGAUACUAAAGAGGCACUGAAGGAUGCCAGUAAGACAGAUGCUAAGACAGUGGAGGGAACAGAGGCAAACGAAGGGGCAUCAGCAAAACCAACUAGCCAAGAGGAGUUUCAGCAGGAUGCUGAGAGCUGGAACGGAGCUGUUCGAGAGAACUACAAGUGGGCCCAGCACAUACACGAGGUGGAGAUUAGAGUACACGUUCCUCAGAACAUCAAGAAGGCAAAGGACUGCGUAGUGGAUAUUAAGAACAACUUCGUAAAGGUUGCUAUAAAAGAUGGAGGCCAGGUGAAGGUGCUGAUGGAGGGGAAGCUGACCAAUAAGAUCAUCUGUGAGGAGAGUAUGUGGAGUCUGGAGCCAGGCAAGUGUGUGCAGGUGAAUCUAGAGAAAGAGAAGGAGUACUGGUGGAAGGCUGUCCUGGUAGGCGAGCCUGAGAUCGACAUCCAGAAGAUAGAACCCAUCAAACACAUGCAUGACAUGGACGAUGAGGAGCAGUCAGGGGUGCAGAGGAUGAUGUUUGACCAGCAUCAGAAGAUGAUGGGGAAACCCCAGAGCCAUGAGAUGAAAGUGCACGACAUGUUGAAGAAAGGCUGGGACGCUCCAGGGUCUCCGUUCGCAGGGCAGGAGUUUGACCCCACCAAGUUCAACAUUUCACCUGGCGCUGUCCAGAUGUAACUUACUCUGUUGAUCUUCAUCUACCAGGCCACAUACAUAUGCCACCCUGAAAAAUGUAGCAAAACAGAUCUCCAAUGCAAUGUCCCCUACUGUUAAUGCACCCCUGCAUCUAAACAGUGCAAACACUAGAGAUCUCUCAAACACACUGGAUUUCAACAUAGCAGAUUUAUGGAACUUGGCAGAUAAAAGGAGGUUAUACAACUAUCCUGCUAGUGAAACAUGAAGAGAAUGGCAUCCAUUUGAACAACUAUAUGUAAAAAGUAUGUUUUCAUAUGCUUUUUUUACCGUGAUGUUUUUGCAUGUUAUCACAGGAAAAAAUGUACAGCUUCAACAGUUUUGUAAUAGAUACAAUAUAUGAUAUGGGACUUGAUACCUAUUGUUGCAUUUAAUAUUUACUACAAGUUGACUUCCAAGUCUAAGGACUGUUUGAAUUGGGUGCUCUAAGCAACAACCUACAUGUACAUUGUAUGAUGUUUAUGCAAAGAUUUCAUCAUGGCAACCUACUGUAUGGUUGUGUUAUUGACUGACAUUUAUAUUUCUAUAUCAUUAGUGUAUAAUAGUAGAUCAGGAAACACAAGUUAUUAGAUCAUAGAUUGUAGUGUAGAGUAGUCACCGAAAGUGGUACUUUAUGUUGGUUUGUUGAAAUAACACUUCUUUUACUUUAUUUUCUUCACAUUAUAGUACAUGUAUAACCAUACUUUAGGAUCUCAGGAGGUUGCUCUAUUACUUGGAUUCAAUAUUUUGUGUGGCUGUGCAAAUUGCUUUGUCAUUAGGGCAUAUUUAGUGAUGUUGAAGUUUAAAAAAAGGUUAAGCACUUUUGUGUAUUAAGUUUGGGAUCAAUGGCCCUUCAGUCAUUCAAAGCCCAUGAGCAAUUUAGUUUUAUUCAGAUGUUAAAUCAGAAACUAAUCCGUUUUAUUAGGUUAGUCUAUUUCUAUAAGUAAAAUGAACUUAAAUCUUUUGUUAUGU